AUGGAGUGCUAUUUAUGUCAAUUUUCCGAAUUUGCCGAUAUCGAACUUUAUCGAGGCCCAAAUAGUACUCCCAGAAAUUUUAAUGGCAUCCACCGUAAUUCCGCCGCCCGACUUCUGAGUUCGAAGUUAGAAACUCUCUGUUCAGCUUUACUGGUAAAAGAGACGAAAACAGUGGCCAUGGCGGAGAAUACCCCCAAUGGCGGUGAUGUUCCUCCUAACAUGACUAUUUACAUUAAUAACCUCAACGAAAAAACCAAGCUUGACGAAUUGAAGAAAUCGCUUCACGCGGUGUUUUCGCAAUUUGGGAAAAUUCUGGAGGUUUUAGCAUUCAAAACCCUAAAACACAAGGGGCAAGCUUGGGUUAUUUUCGAGGAGGCUUCUUCUGCCACUAAUGCACUUCGACAGAUGCAGGGAUUCCCUUUCUACGACAAGCCCAUGCGUAUACAAUAUGCAAAGACAAAAUCUGAUAUUAUAGCGAAGGCGGAUGGUACUUUUGUACCUCGAGAAAAGAGAAAGAAGCAGGACGACAGAGGGAGAAAGAAAAAGGAGCAGCAUGAUGCUUUGAACCCGGCCUAUGCUGGUGCAUAUGGUGCAGCACCUCCUCUUUCUCAAAAUCCGUAUAUGGGGGCUAAAGCUGCUGUCCAGGAGGCUCCUGCUCCACCAAAUAACAUUUUAUUUAUUCAGAAUCUUCCUCACCAGACGACUCCAAUGAUGCUGCAAAUGCUUUAUUGUCAAUAUCCUGGAUUUAAGGAAGUUAGAAUGGUGGAAGCAAAACCCGGAAUUGCUUUUGUAGAAUACGAGAAUGAGAUGCAAUCAACUGUUGCAAUGCAGGGACUUCAGGGAUUUAAGAUAACCCAAGACAAUCCUAUGUUGAUUACCUAUGCAAAGAAGUAG